CGUGAGAUGAUAUCAUUCCUUUGAAUUUUGAAGAUUACUUCAGGAAGAGGAAAACAACAAAGCUGUUGAAGAGAACAAAGCAUCUGAUUGCCAGUUGUAGAUAAUCUCUCUUUUGACAACACAGUUGUGAAUUACAAGGUGUUUUAUCGUUUUUCUGCAUGUACAUUUAUAUAUAAGAACACAAGAGUAGUGGCACAUGCACCCUCACCAAGCAAAGCACGGCAGAAGUACUACUGUUAUGUCGAAACUAAUGGGUUCUGAAUUGUCAGUAAUACUCAUUAGUAGACUUCUUCUCCUCGUCCCUCUUCUCCUAUGGCAACUUGGCACUGGCACUACUUUCAAUAUUGGAACUAAAGCUGCUGCUGAUAAUGGCGAUAACACUACAAAAAUCGGUACCCUUAAAGAUUCUGAAGCAAAAGCUCUUGAACUCCUUGUCAGCAGUUUGCAGUCCAAUGAGACAAAGCCGGUCAAGUUGAGUUUGGAUUGUUCAAACGAAGAGGAUGCCGAGAUUAGAUGUUCCUGUGAUAACAGCAAUGAACCUUGUUCCAUCACUGAAAUAAAUUUGUCAGGCAAAAAAUUAGACGGACAGAUUUCCUCUUCAAUAGGUGACUUUGAGAUCUUGAAAAUACUUGAUCUAUCCAACAAUCAGCUUACUGGUGAAAUUCCUUCCUCGCUGGGGAAAUUACAGCUUCUCGAAAUAUUGGACCUUGCAAACAAUAUAUUGACCGGGUCGAUACCUGAUAACCUGACACCGUUGCAGAGUCUGAAAUUCCUGGACCUUACAAGCAAUACGUUGACCGGUUCCAUUCCUGCGAACCUGACAACUUUAUAUAAUCUGAGAAAACUCAGACUUGCCGACAACAAUCUUGAUGGUGAAAUCCCUAAGAACCUGAAAGGUUUACAAUGGCUUGGCUAUUUGGAUCUUGAAAGGAAUAAAUUGACAGGCAGUAUACCAGACAGCAUAAGUUAUUGUAAAAAUUUGACAGCCAUCCUUCUUCGGCUCAACAACCUGGGAGGUACCAUACCUCGAAGUUUGGGCUCACUCUCUAAGCUAAAAUUUCUGGAUCUUUUUAGUAACUCGUUGUCAGGCCAUAUUCCUUUCGAACUGGGAAAACUGUCUUCCCUCCUUACUUUGAAUCUGGAUGACAAUAAUCUCGAGGGAAACCUUCCUAUAGAACUUGGGAAUUUGUUCAACCUUACAGAGCUCUACUUGUCAUCCAACAAGUUUAACGGAAGUAUUCCUGAGACAUAUGCCCAACUUGUCAAUCUGGAAGUCUUUGUAGUUGGUGGAAACAAUAUGUCUGGUAAGAUACCUAAUUAUUUUGGAAAUUGGUCCAAUCUCACCAAACUGAUUCUUGUAGGAAAUAAUUUUAAAGGGGAUCUGGCUGCAGAAACUUUUACUCUGCCAAAAUUACAGAUAUUGGUGGUCAGUGACGUAAGUAAUCCUGGAAUAUCUUUCCCAGAACAUGAAGUAAUAUCUAGAAGUUUGAUUAAAGUGAUUUUGAGGAAUUGCGAUAUUAGGGGCCCAAUACCUGAAUACAUUGGCUGGUGGCCUCAGUUAAGAUAUCUUGACCUGAGCUUCAACAACUUAACUGGUGCCAUUCCCGAUUCAUUUCAGAACAUUAGUUACAAGUUAUUGCUAACAAACAACUCGCUUAAUGAGCUUCCUUCCUGGAUCACUAGCAAGCAAAAUCGAUCUUCCUAUCCUGAAAUGUAUCUUUCAUACAAUAACUUCAAAGAGAAUUGUGCAAAUUCAACAUGCUUGGACACGGAAAAAGUACACAUUCAUCCGACUAGAUCUUUCAUAGAUAAGAUGAUGCAGAAAGAAACAUGUCGUCGAAAGCAUAAUUCCUUGUAUAUAAAUUGUGGUGGUGAGGAGGUAACCGUGGGAAAGGCUCAUUAUCAUAACGAUACCUCAACAUCAAAUUUUUUUCAAAGUCCAAAUGACGAUUGGGCUUAUAGCUAUUCUGGAGACUACCUUUGGGCCACAAUCAAUGACAGUACUAUAGUAAGAAACUCGACAUGUGAAGUUUCUAGUCCCGAGGCAAAAUUAAAUAACAAUUUCCGCCUUGCUCCUGUCUCUCUAACGUAUUAUGGGCUUUGCUUGAGUAAAGGCAAGUACCAUGUGACACUUCAUUUUGCUGAAACAUUAUAUUCAAAGGGAGAAGAUAACAGCAGAGUAGGGAAACGUGUGUUCGAUGUGUAUAUUCAGAAAGAGAGAGUGGAGAAAGACCUCAACAUAAAGGAAGCUCUUGGAGGACAAAAUGAAGAACUAAAGCGAAAAUACACCACCAAAAUACAUGAUGGUUCGUUGGAGAUCCGUUUCUUCUGGACUGGCAAAGGAUCUCUGUACAAUCCACCUGCUAUCAAUGGACCUCUCAUAUCAGCUAUUUCAGUCACCCGUGUUCCCAGAAAACUACGCCCUUGGGAAAUCGCGGUGAUUGCAGUAAGCUGUAUUUUGUUUCUGCUGCUGCUGUUGGCUUUCAUGUGGAGAAUGGGCUGGAUAGGAGACAGAGAAUUACGGGAAACAAAAGUGAAGAUCGGAGGAAAACCUUUCACCCUUAAACAGAUCAUUGAUGCAACUAGAAAUUUUAGCCCCGAGAACGAGCUUGGUAGGGGGCGUUCUGGGAUAGUAUACAAGGCUGACCUGCCAAAUCUGACAGUAGCAGUGAAGAAGCUAGAUCCAAAGUCAAAAGCAGUUGAUGAAAUAGCAAGCGAAGUUUAUGCUAAGAAGGCCUUGGACUUGAAACAUGACAACGUUGUUACAUUGCUUGCUAGUUAUUCCAGAAGGCACCUGCAUUUGCUCAUCUACGAAUACAUGAAACAUGGCUCACUUGAACAAGUUUUAUUUGGCACAAAUUCUACAGAGCAGCUCGAUUCGCCGGAAAGAUCUACAAUCUGCCAGGGUAUAGCGAAGGCCUUGAAGAAUCUACUUAGAUGGAAUCCACAAACAAUUCAAAAAAGCACAGAUUCAAAUCCUAAAGUGCAACUUGAUUGGCAAAAAAGAUUUAAUAUCUGCAAGGGAAUAGCAAAGGGUUUGAAGUAUCUACAUGAAAGGAAGCCACAAAUAAUUCACCGAAACAUUAAAUCCACUAAUAUUCUGCUUGAUGCAAGUUUGAAUCCCAAAAUAUCAGAUUUUGGGUUGGCAAAGCUUUACGAGGAGGGAAAUCCAUAUAUUGCAGUUGGAGCAGGAAACCAACUUUCAUACAUGGCACCAGAAUAUGCAACCCGAAGAGCCAUGACUGUCAAGGUCGAUGUCUUCAGUUUUGGGAUCCUUCUUCUUGAAAUCGUUAGUGGGAAAAAUAAUGCAGAUUCUAGUGGAGACGAAAACUCUGUUUUUCUUCUAGAUACGGCCAGUAAGUUGCAUGCGAAGCAAGAACUUGAACAGCUAGUUUACACAAGGUUGGACACAAGUAGUGAAAGCGGACAAGCAAGCAUUGCCUUGAACCUGGCAAUAAUGUGCACCGAUCAAUCACCUUCUCUCAGGCCUACAAUGUCUCAGGUUGUGGCUGUACUUGAACGUUCAAAAACCCUUGAGGAUAUUUCUAAAGAGAUCAAUGCCUCGGCAUGAUUUGGCGUCUGUCCCGCGUUACCGGAUGGUCGAUAUAGCUUGUGGCUGUGUGUUUUGUUUAGUUUCUCUACAUUUAUGGAUGGUUAUCUCCUUGGUUUCUUUUACUUGAUGUCCUCGUGUUUUUCAAAGAGAUCAAUACCUUGGAACGAUUUGCAGUCUGUCCUGCAAGACCUGAUGGUCGAUAUAGCUUGCGAUUGUGUGGUUUGUCAAUUUCUCUAUAUUUAUGGAUAUUUAUCUUAUUGUUUUCUUUUAUUCCUUGA